AUGUCUGCGUUCUCCGAGGCGGCCCUGGAGAAAAAGCUGUCGGAGCUGAGUAACUCCCAGCAGAGUGUGCAGACCUUGUCCCUGUGGCUGAUCCACCAUAGAAAGCACUCCAGGGUCAUUGUCGCCGUGUGGGAUAGGGAGCUGCGGAAAGCAAAGCCUAGUAGAAAGUUGACAUUUCUGUACCUGGCAAAUGAUGUGAUUCAAAACAGCAAGAGAAAAGGGCCUGAAUUUACAAAAGAUUUUGCACCUGUUAUUGUGGAUGCAUUUAAACAUGUUGCAAGUGAAACGGAUGAGAGCUGUAAGAAGCAUUUGGCUAGGGUCCUCUCUAUAUGGGAAGAGAGGGCUGUGUAUGAAAACAACAUACUGGAUCAACUGAAGACCGCUUUAUAUGGUGAGAAAAAAAAUAAAAAGCGACCGUAUGAAGAAAUAAAAGUAAACAAAGAUGAUGAUGACGAUGAUGAGGAUGACGAUAAUGCUUCUUCAAAAACUACAGAUCUUAUACGAGCGCUGCAGGAACUGGAAAAUGCAGCUUCUGGAGAUGCAGCUGUGCAUCAGAGGAUAAGCUCACUGCCAAUAGAAGUACAAGAUGUGUCACUUCUAAACAAGAUUACUGAUAAAGCUUCGGGAGAUCAACUUGCAAAGAUGGUGGAUGAUGCUUGCAUGCUGCUUGCAGAUUAUAAUGGCAGACUAGCAGCAGAAAUAGAUGACCGUAAACAACUGACCAAAAUGCUGUCAGAUUUCUUGCGAUGUCAGAAGGAGGUACUCGAUGAGAAGGAACACCAACUAGAAGUGCGUACUUUUUUGCAUUUUUUUUUUUUUUUUUUUUUCAUUUCUCUAAGACUACUUUCACACUGA